AUGGUCGAUCAGUUCGUCUUCGGAGCGACAAACUCUCACUCCGUGGCUUCCUCGUCCUCUAACCGGCUUAGCGACAACAGGAUACCGAAGAUCCGCCUGGAGCACAUCCCCGAGAUCUUCCUCAUCAAUCAUAUCCCGCGCACCCGGCAGCGUAAACCCACCACGAGCACGAAGAAGAUUGUUAACAAACGCCUUGUCAUCGCACAGUUCGACCAACUUCGGCGGCUGUCCUACAACCUUCAAUGUCUCAGCCACACCCGUCAAGCUGUCUGUCGUCUGAAGCGGAUGCUUCGCAAAGAGUAUAGUGUUAGCCCAGAGAUGCGUCGCUCCCUUCUCCAGCGCCCACGCAAUCUCAGUCUCUGUAUCUCCAAAACACCACUCUUCAUCUUUUUGUGGGUUUGA